AUGACAAAUCGCUAUCUUGGAAUAAAAAAUGAUCAAAUUACAGCAUCAUCCUGGUUUUCAUCCCAAACCAGACCAUUUUACGGUCGGUUGCAUAUAUCAGAUGAGGGUGCGGGAGCGUGGGUAGCCCGGAACAAUGAUGAUAAGCAAUGGAUUCAAGUUGACCUUCUUAACCGAACAGUUAUUACAUCGGUUGCUACCCAAGGUCGACAGGGUGCAAGGGAAUGGGUCCAGGACUACUACAUUUACUAUUCUGAUAUGGAUGUUCCUGUGCAAUGGACUGUUGUAAAGGAUUCUCUUGGAGAACCUCAAUUAUUUGAUGGAAACACUGAUGAUAACUCAGUGAAAACCGUUGUCUUCUCUCAUCCUAUAGUGGCAAGGUACAUAAGACUUAAUCCACAACGAUGGCAUGGUCUUAUUGCACUUCGAAUGGAACUAUUUGGAUGCGAAUAUCGUCCAUUUACCGCAAGGUUUGAUGGAAAUACUUGGAUUGAGAUGCUUCUUGAUCGCUCAGGAAGAGAAACCCAGACUGCAGUUGAUCAUCUCAAGUUUCGUUUUCGAACAUCUAAAGUCAAUGGUCUCAUUUUGUACGGUGAUGACAGCCAAAAUGACUAUUUUUCUGUCGAACUAUAUCGGGCUCGACUUCAAGUUUCUUUGAAUCUUGGAACUUAUCCUUGGGCCACAGGAAAAACAGACAAUGUUGUGGUCGCUGGAAGCUUGCUAGAUGACGAACAAUGGCACGAUGUUUCGAUCAUUAGAACAGAGAAAAAUCUCAAUAUUUCUGUAGACGGCGUAUCGAUUUGGCGAAAUCUGUCAGCGAUCUUUUUACAUAUGGAUAUGAACAGAAAGUUAUACAUUGGUGGUGUACCGAGUUUUUCAAAUAAGCGAAGCGUCACUGUGAUGGAGAAUUUUGUCGGAUGCAUUGAGGAAUUCAACUUUAACGGUGUGCAGGUCAUUCGUGACACGCUGCGUUCAAAACCCGGUCUCAUCAUGUCAGAGGCGGUCUGGUCGGAGGUGGACUGGCUCGACGCGCUCGGUUACCCCCCCAGAGACCCCAUACUCUGGUGGGGCCCCCCAACUACCACUCAGCAGCUAAACAUCAGCGGAUUUGAGAUCGGCGGGACUGGAGUGCUAGGUCAAAAUUGCCUGCCGCCAACCGCAGAUCCCAGCGUCAUAACCUUUCCGCGAAUCGAACAGUCUCUCGUGUACAUCAAGGUGGAGCGAGGCGGCGAGACUAGCAAACUGACAUUUUCUCUCGACUUCCGGACAUUCAACAAAGGUGGAGUUCUCUUCUACCACACUGUUGACAACGACAAGAAUUUUGUAGCAUUUGAGAUGGAGACAGUCUAUGGCCAUCUGCAGGUAGAAGUUCUUUUGCCUGGGGUGAAUUACAUUACCUACACAAUGCCCAACAAUGACUCAGCCGCGCCGAACGGAACCUUUGCUGAUGGACUGUGGCACUCGGUGGACUUUGAAAUAACCACUAACCUGGUCCGCACUCUGGUUGACGGCCGAGAAUACAUAGCACAGCAGACCUUUCUUGAGCCGCUACACUUCCAGAAGAUUUUCUACAUUGGUGGGGGUCGUCCUCAACGAUUUAGUUUCCAAGGUUGUAUGAGAAGAAUCAGCGUGAACGCUCAAGAGGUGCUCUGGUCCAAACUCGACCCUGAAAGUCGGUCCGAUGAGAUAAUCAACGGGAGUUGUCACAUCACCGACCGCUGCAGCCCAAACCCCUGCAAGCACGAGGCUCCAUGCACUCAAAAUGGGGCAACUUUCUUUUGUGAUUGCACCAACACCGGUUAUUCCGGAGCUGUGUGCCACCAGAGCGAGUUCUUCACCUCGUGUUCAGAGGUUGGUCUAUUCUACGGGCAAAUGUCACCGCAACUACGAGUUACCAUCGAUCUGGACGGCUCCGGCGUGCUGGAUCCCUUCACCCACACAGACGAUGGCUACAUCUUGGUGGAUGGCUUUCAGGCGCCCGGGUCUUAUCAUCGGAAAUUGAACUACGGAAGGGCCUCUCGGGCGGCUCUGACGGAGCUAACCCGCCGAGCCGUCUACUGCGAGCAGUCGGUGGCUUACCGUUGCUGGAAUGCAAAACUACUGGCAAAGCCACAAGGAUUUGGAGAUGGCACAGAGCUGACGUGGGGCUGGUGGGUGAGUAGAAUGGGCCGGCCGCGUUACUACUGGGGCGGUGGAGUUCCCGGGCUCAAAAUGUGCGACUGUGGGGUGUUCGACACCUGCACGGGCAACUCGCUGACCUGCAACUGCGACAGCGACGGCUCCGACGCGCCGCCCCUUGUCGACACCGGCCUUCUCACGUACAAAGAGGACUUGCCCGUGUGGGAGGUGUACCUGGGCGACACAGGAACUCUGACUGACGACAAGCGCUCCGAGUACAGCAUCCAGGAGUUGCGGUGCAGCGGGGAUCUCUUCUUUGACAACACCGUCACCUUCGUCAAACUCGACGCCAACCUCGAACUACCUUCCAUCUUUGCGGAAUACGAAUUCGACAUGAGUUUCCUAUUCAAAACCACCAUCAAGGACGCCGUUUUGAUGCAAAACGUAGGCAGAAAAUCGGGCCAUUUUUUUGAGCUGCGGAUCAGAAGUGGCAUUGCUUUCCGAUUUGCCUUCAAUGUUGGUAACGGGCUUCAAGUGCUUGAGGUGACGACAGCUUAUUGGCUAAACAAUAACCAAUGGCAUGUGGUAAGACUGGAGCGCAACCGCAAGGAGUCACGACUAAUCAUUGACACAAAUCCGGCCAAAGUGCUUGUUGAGGCCCAGGAACGCUCCUUCUUAAUGUUCAACUUUGACCAACCUCUUUUUGUUGGCACAACCCAAGCCUUCACAGACGGUUACGUUGGUUGUUUGUCAAAUCUUCUUAUAAACGGGGUCGUACAAGACAUCCGCGGAAUAGUUGAACGAGGCGAAAAAACCUAUGGACUGAGACCAGGAUGCCAACCGAAGUGCGAUACCAAGCCCUGUUUAAAUCGCGGCGUAUGCACUGAAUUCUACUCGCACUACUUCUGUGAAUGCGGACUGACACCCUACCGCGGAUUCAUUUGUGGUCGAGAAGUUGGCGGCACUUUCAAUAAUGGGCCCAUGGUGAAGAUCGAUUUGACGCACCUUCGUGACAACCUCGGCACACUGGAGGAGUACAUAACCGUGGGCUUUAAAACAAAAUCCAAGAACGGCAUCCUUAUGGAAAUGCUUGGCGCUGGGAAGACCAAUUACAUCAUUAUUCGGGUCAACAAUAACGGCGGUAUAACAAUCGAGUUUGAUGUCGGAUUCGGGCGUUUCGAAGUAACCACAAAUUAUAUUGUUGACUUGGCCAACGAUCAGCAUCAUACUGUUAAGGCAUGGAGAACGAAUAUCGGACAAGUCUGGCACCUGCAGGUCGACGAUUAUCCCGAGAUUGUAAAAGACUUCAGCGACAUUCUUUCGGAGACAGCGGAUACGAGGCUGGACAAACCACAGGCCAUUUACCUCGGUAGGAAUGAGUCCAUGCCUCCCAAUCGCGGCUUUGACGGGUGCAUGUAUGCUGCGCAGUGGAACAAUCUAUUCCCCAUUCGAAUGAUCUUUGAAGACCCAAAGAACCCCUUCGUGUAUGUUGAACCCCCGAAUUCGGUGACGGAGAAUAAGUGCGGCUUUGAGGAGAUUUUGCCGGCCCCGGAACCCAUCGAAAUCCGUCCCCCCAUCCCGUUCCCGCCGAACUUGACUCUGAUUGGCAGAACUGAGGACCUCACUCAGCAGCGGACGAUCUUCGGUGUGGUCGGAAGCCUGCUGGUUUUGAUCAUGCUAGCACUCUUCAUAAUUUGCUGUCGAAAUUUCACCCUAAAGAAGGGUGACUACAAGACCAAGGAGGCGAAGCAGGGAGCCGGUCACGUGAGCACCGUGGACGAGGCGCUGGCCGCACCAGACGCCGACCUUCCCGACGCGCGGACAAACAAGGAGUGGUGGCUGUAA